AUGGAAAAUAUGGUAGUUGCUUUCACUGGCAGAGCACCAGGUAGUUUGCCAAGUAAUACGAAAAUCAACCCAAAGGAGCAUGCUAAGGCAAUUACAACUCCAAGUGGGGUGCAACUACCUGAAAUACAUGUCAAGAGGCUAGGUGUAAAUCAAGAAACAUCCCCUCCCAUAGAAGAUGAGACGAUAGAGCAGGAUGAACAACCUAAAGAAUCAACUCCAAAGGAAAGUUCAAAGAAAUCAUGGGAUAAGACCGCAGCUACAGUAAAUCCAUAUGAGCCUCCAAUUCUAUUUCCCCAGAGGUUGAAGAAGCAUAAAAUGGAGCAGCAGUACACGAAAUUUUUCGAAGUAUUCAAGAAGCUCAUGAUGCCCAGCUAUGCAAAGUUUCUAAAGGAAAUCCUGUCAAAUAAAUGCAAGUCGGAAGAACAUGAGAUGAUCAUGCUAACUGAGAAAUCUUUAUGUGAUCUUGUUGCAAGUAUUAAUUUGAUGUCUCUAUCUCUUUUUAGGAAACUUGGAUUAAGAGAGGCAAAAGCAACAACAGUGACGCUGCAAUUGGCUGACAGAUCAUUGACACAUCUAAUAGGAAUAAUAGAGGACAAGGGGCAGUUGAUUUUAAGAUUGGGGGAGGAGCAGAUAUCAUUCAAUGUUUCUAAGGCUAUGAAACUUCAUACAGAAUUAGAUAGCUAUUUCUAA